UCAGGUGGCACCACACGGACAUUUGAUUACUUUGUCUCUUCCCAGAGGGAUAGAGGAGAGAAUUGAAAGAAAAAAAAAACAAGACAGAACUCGUGGGUUGAGAUAAAACUAUUUACUAAGAUAGAUAAAAGGAAAAUAAUUACAAUUAUGACAUAUAUAUAUAUAUAUUCUAGCACUCUGAAGAGCAGAAGAGAGAGAGAUGGACUCCCACCUCCCUUCAAAACACUCAUUCCAUAUGGUAUCAUAUGGCCUGGAAUAUUCCUUUGGCCAGUUAAAGUCAUGUCUUUCUUCUGUCUUCUCCAAGCAACUUAUCCCCUCCACCCCUACACCACAGCUCUUCCUUAAUAGGAACUGAGAAACAGGAAUGUCCUUGGCUCUGUACAACACUGCUUACAAAGAACUAAAAACAUCAGUGUGUUAUCAACAUUGUUUUUCUCCUAAAACCAAAACAAUGCAUCAGAAGUGACACUAUGAAGAAAAAAUCCUCUGUUUCAACUUGGAAAAUGCAAUGGUUUAUGCUUCCUCAUAUUCACCAGUCAGGCUGAAGCAAAAAGGCACUGUAGCAAGCAAGAAAGACAAAGCCAUCACACAGAUAAAGCAUUCCAGGGUUUUUAAGCCUUUCAGUCCUCCUGAGUGAGCAAGGUGCCUCUUCUCCACACACACCGCCAGAGCAGCUUGAACACCACAGAGUAACCAGAUAUCACUGAUAGGAGGAGACACUUCUCAGGAAUGAUAAAACAACGAGCAAAGCAAGAACUGCAAGGCCAGCUGGGUGCACCAAUGGAUGAGAAAAAGCUGAUGCCCAGAUAUAACUGCAAUGUUAGUGAAGUUACCAUUGUGAACCCUACAAUUAUCCUGCCAAAAGAGAAGCCAGGAAGCGAACACAGAAACCCUGGUGUCCAUCCUCCUUCACCCAGGAUGUCAGAGAAGAAGAUAGCCCAGGGAGAUAAAAAGUUGUGGCCAGAGAAGGUAAAGAGAGAGGGGUCUUUGUCUCCCAGCCUGCACCGUGCAAAUGAGUCAUAUAGCACAGAGAAUGUUACCCUGAAGAGGCCAGUGAAGUUGGCUCCUCUGGAGAUCCCAGUAGAAGUGAAAGAAGCCCAGCUUCAAAAGAUUAUGAGCAUCCAGAGAGAAGCUCAAAUGGCUGCUCAGAAGUUGACAGCUAUUAGCUCCAUCAGCAAUGAACCCCAUGUAAAAAGAGUGAAGAAUCUGGCCCAGGGGGAGCUGGAAAACCUUCAUAAGAUAAAGCUGAGUGAGAAGGCUGCUACGGAAAAUAAGGAUGAUCCCCUUUCCCCUAAAAGCAGCAAGCCCUUGGGAGAAAUACAAAUUAUUUUGCCUCCAGACACAGGCUCAAAAUCGACUAAGCAACCAGGUGUUGAAGAGACUCCCAGGACACUUCAUAAGGCAUCAAUUCCCACUCUCCAGGUGGAUGUACAUGAAGAGUCUAGCAGCCCUGACAGCAUCUCUGAUCCUUACCAGAACAAUUGUCGCCGCCGAUUCAGAGUAAGGCACAUGAAAGAGCAGCAGGAAGACCAGGGGAAAGCCAAACCCUUAAAGGUCACAGAUUCCAGUGUGGGAGAAGGGAAGAAGAAAUCUGCAGGUCAGCGAACACAAAAAACCCUCAGUGACGCAAGCAAGCUCAUUGAGAAUGUGGCCAAAAGGCAGAAGGAAAGAGGAGCACAGAAAGAGGAAACAGACGAAGCUUCCAUUGUAAAGAGACAGUCUACUCGAAGGAUGGCCUUAGGAGACAUCAUCCAGGUGGAUGAAGACUGAAUAUCAUGCUCCAGAUCAUGCACAGGAGAUUUAGACACAACCGCUAUUCAGUAAAGUGCUCUAGACUGACUUUCUAGGUAGAAGUCUUCAAAAGAGUAUCUACAGACAUUAGUGGAGCACAAUGUGAAAAGAAGUUAACGCUGUUGAACAUCUCCCUAAUUUCUGAGAUGCCCAAAUUAGUAAAUAUCCUCCUAUUCUGAUCAGUAUUAGAAAUGCGCCAGCUAAAUUCCUGAGGUCAGCGUGGACUGCAAAUCAGAUGUGGACUAUGCAGGGAAAAUUUAGUUGUGGAUUGGGUGGAAGUACCCAGAGAAAAGCAGGAUCUUCGAAAAUAUUCUGUCUGGUAUAAGACUGAAAGAAAUAGAACUAUUUUCUCUUGAGAAUACAGCCCUAUCUUCUUGAGCUGUGACAAGUCUGCUGAAGAAAGGAAAGACUGAAAAUGUUCUUCCUAUCCAUUGUGGGCAGGACAAAAAGUAAAUUGUUUAAAGUUUAGAAAGAGACAAGUUACAAAAGGAGAAAUGAUUUAAGGACAGUAAACAGAAAACUAUGCUGUUUACAGAGAUAGGAAUCUUUGUCACUGAAAAUUUAAAUAAUGCAUUAGACAAACAGCUGCCAAGAAUGAUUUCAGAAGAGCUAAUCCUUCACUCAGAUACAAUAAAAGGUAGACGAUCUGUAAUGUCAUUCCACCUGUAUUUUCUUACGUAUUUUCUUAUAUUUUACAGUGCAUCUCUCAGCUACGCUGUUAUAGGACUACUAAUCAUGUAAUCACUAUUCAGUAGAAAAAUAUGCAAUAAAAGUAAUUUUUCACUUUGCA